CUAUCGCCCAUCCGCCCGCCCGCCCGCCCGUCGAUGGCCAUUUUUACCUCUCCCAGGUCCCUCCAGAAUGCUCACUCGCCUCUAUCGCCUCAAAUCAUAACCCAGUCCCAACCGGGACUGGGCUCCGUCAUUUUCCCAAGUGGCGCUCCCCAUUCAAAUCACCCAUCCUUCUUCCACCUCGUGCUGCUCGUCUUCGAAGCUGUCCUCGAGGUAGUCUGUGUCAGUCUCCCGGGAUACUUCGCUGCCAAGCAGGGUCUGUUCGAUGCCGAUGCUCAGAAAUUGGUCGCAAACCUAAAUGUUACGCUGUUUACACCGUGUCUGAUCUUCACAAAGCUCGGAUCUCAGCUCACAGCUGAAAAGCUGACCGACCUCGCCAUCAUCCCUGCCAUCUUCGUUGUUCAAACAAUCGUGUCGUACUCGUGUGCUUUCGUCGUCUCACGAUGCUUGCGGCUCAAGAAACGACCGUCCAACUUUGUUGCGGCUAUGGCGGUCUUCGGAAACUCUAACUCGCUUCCUAUUUCUCUUGUCAUGUCCCUCUCGCAGACCCUGCAGGGCCUCCACUGGGAUCGUAUACCAAACGACAACGAUGAUGAAGUGGCGGCGCGUGGUAUCCUUUACCUUUUGAUUUUCCAGCAGUUGGGCCAACUUGUGCGCUGGAGCUGGGGCUACCACGUCUUGCUUGCUCCCAAAGAACGGUACUUGGAAGAAGGCGAACGGGAGCAGGGCGCCAACCUUAUCGGACAGGGCCAGGAACGAUACACAGACAACCCUGAACAGAUUGAUCCCGAUGAACCUCUAGUGAGGACUCGCGAGUCGGACGAUGUGACGGAGUCCUCGGGAAGCGUCGACGACGAUGCAUUCACUUCCGGGCAGGAGACGCCCGUGAGCGUGCGGGACUACCCCUACACGAAGCUGCCGUCUCAUGGCGCCGGUGAACACGAAUCCAUCGACCCGACCGUACUUGGACCCCCUCCCCAGGGGCCGUUCCUCCCCCGCCAGAGCACUACCGGCGACAUCAUGUGUUUCCCGAAUGUGGAGGUGGCAGCUCAGGCCGAAGAAAACCAGCCCGGAGUCAUCCCACGCAUCAAGAGGUCGGCCAACCGGGUUCGUGGUAAGAUUGCAGGCGUCUGGAACAAGGCCACCGGCACAGUUUUCCGACGACUGCCUGUGGGUGUGCAAAAGACGCUGAAGGUUGGUUCCAACGGUGCCCGGAAAUUUGCCCACGGACUCUGGGACUUCAUGAACCCACCCCUGUGGGCUAUGCUCAUCUCGAUCGUAGUGGCGUCCGUUCCCUCGCUGCAAAGCCUGUUCUUCGAUGAGGGAACCUUCGUCCGCAAUUCAGUGACGCGAGCUAUCAGCCAGAACGGCCAAGUUGCCGUACCAUUAAUCUUAGUGGUGUUGGGUGCGAAUCUCGAGCGUAACACGUUGCCCAAGGAGGCUCUCGAAGACGUCGAUCAUCCGAGGGAGGAGAAGAAGCUGAUCAUCGCUUCAUUGGUGGCGCGUAUGGUGCUGCCCACGCUCAUCAUGGCACCCAUCCUCGCGCUGCUGGCCAAGUACGUGCCGGUUAGCAUUCUGGACGACCCGAUCUUCAUCAUCGUCUGCUUCCUGCUCACGGGCGCCCCAUCGGCCCUGCAACUGGCACAAAUCUGUCAGAUAAACAACGUCUAUGUCAGCGCCAUGUCGAAACUGUUAUUCCAGAGUUAUGUGGUGUGGAUCCUACCCUCCACUCUUUUCCUUGUAAUGUGUGCCUUGGAGGUUGUCGAGUGGGCUUCUGCUUGAUCUUCAGAUGUUCCUAUUUCUUCUUCUCUAUCUUAUCUUCUUUUCUCCUUGUUUUCUCGCUCGGGAGGGGCCAUUGCAUUAUUUGCUGUCCAACUACAUCAUUAAUCACUGGGGGCUCUGCGGCGUUGGUUUGAUUCAAGCACAUGGGUCAUGAACAUGUUGCGUUGCGUUCCGUUUUGCCCUUUUCUGUGUUAAUAUUCCCCUCAAGUCUCGUCGUUCUUGCGUUGUUUCUGUCAGUAGUAGCCAACAAUUACUCGGGGGUGGAAGGGAAGAAUACCCAGAUUGAAUCCACCAACUCGGAUAUGAUCUGGAAUUGAGCUAUUCAAAAGUCAAGUCAUCGGGCCCUGGCUUUCUUGCGAGAAUCGAGAAAAAAAGAGGGGCAAGCAAAAAGCCCCAGCAUUUCCCAGCCCAGACG